AUGUCCACCGUCCGACGUAGCAAAGCCAUGCCAACUGAUGGUCCGACUGUCAAGUUCUUAUAUACUAUAAUCAAACAGCUUGAUCUCAAGUCAAUUGACUGGGGCCUCGUUGCAAGUCAACUCGAAAUCUCCAACGGUCAUGCAGCCAGAAUGCGUUACUCUCGCUUCAGGCAGCAGAUGGAAGGCAUCACAUCAACACCACGAGCGCGUACCAAAAAAGGCCCGAAGGGGUCCAAAAUAGGCUCUUGCAAGGCAGACUUGCUGAAAGAAGCCGAUUCUUCCGAUGUAAAACCGGUUCUCAAACAAGAACCUCAGGCGUCUACAAGCGAGCCAACUUCUUACAUUAAGACCGAUCCACAUGCCCAAGAGUUCCCUGCUUUGGCUGAUAUUCCCGUGGCCACAUAUCAUAUCAUAUCGGACUCGCCUGCCCGGACAAUAACCCCCCUUCACUCCCAAAUGACAGUGUCUCCUAAUGAAUUGACAACGUACAGCAUGACACCGAGCUUCUUGAGCCCUACGAUCGGAUUCGAGCAUCAACUAAACCCAGCUUAUUCCUGGCCUCCUACAAAGUUGGAGCCGGACGAGGAGAAUAGGUUGAGCGACGUUUUCGUCAAGGUGGAAGAGCCACAAGUGGAGGUGGUGAAUUUAAGCGGCAGCGAGGUGGAAUAUUGUGGCCUGUUUGCGCCUGGACUGAAGAUUGCUGAAGAGCCUAAGGAUUGA